AUGGAUAACCAUACACCGACGCGAGACAAGCUUUUCCCAACCACGCCUCCCCACGGCAAUAGGCGCUACAGCGAUAAGCUGGCUCCUCCGGAUUCACCACGUGUGACCGAUAUUAGCGCAGCAGCGCAUCUCUCGGCUCGUCACUCGGCUCCUGCUUAUACCGAAACCGACAAUUGGGCGGGUUAUACGCAUCCGGAGGGAAAGAUAUAUCACGCCCGAGGAAUGAGCCCACGUAUUGUCACGGAGGUCGACGUCAAGAGCGACGCCAUUUUAAGGAUGGUGAAUGCUUACGUCGGACUGAUCUUCGGAUGGGCUUCGGAACUAGAGCUCGAGCUCGGUUCCUCCAUUGAACUGUUCGUCGAGCCUUUGGUCGCCUCAGGCGCCUGUGGUUAUUAUCUCGUGGAUCAUGGAAGUCGCGUGAUCUUUUGGUUGCAAGAUUGCAGCGUAUACGAUCUUAAGCUGCCUGAUGCAAGCUCUCCUCAAAAUUUGAAACUUGUGUUAGAAGAAAACUAUUGGAUUCACGUUGAACUAUUCAGCAUGCACAUAACCGAGCUGCCAGGAGCGUUAGACGAGCUGAUAGCUGUCUAUCUUCACGGUCGUGCAGACCUGGCGACUUCGACAACCUCGACCUUUCCGUACUCAACGAAGACAGCAGACGACCAUCUGGACGUCCUCAUGCGGUGCCGUUCCAUGCCCACCAAUCCAAUGACAUUCACUAUCAUCGCUCGUCUCUGGUCCGUCAUAGCAAACGUUCGAUACAGAAACCUCUACGGCGAGGAAUACAGCCGCUUGGAUAGGACAAUCUGGAUCUACGACGAUCAGCCGAAACAACCCAGACUCGGCCUACGUUAUCUUUCCGUGUUCAUGUUUGGUCUUCCGAACGCGAUCCGAAAGGAGUUGGACGAGCAGGUCGUGGAUGGAAUCAUGAUCGCCUGCGUCUGGUCAACAUUUAUAGAACGUCGGAUUGUCGAGUGGCAAACGACGAUGAACUGGACUUUCGCCCUCAUCAUUUGCAGCGGUAUAUCAGUCACAGUGUCCCCAGUUCCGGUGUUGCCACAUAUAUCAUUCGCCUUGACGACAGCAGGGCUGCUCUCGUCAACCCUGCUGCAGCACCGUUUCAAGAGUCUUGCUGGUACCGAUGCUGUAGAUGAUGCCUGUGCCUUUAUGCGCGAGCAGAAGGGACAAACGAUGAUAUUGGCCAUCGUCUUCAGCUUCCCACGCGCGGCUUUGAUUUGGGGCCUGGUGCUCCUCGCUUCCCAGGCGAUCUUCGUUGUCUUUCGCAGGGUCGCGCUCUCGGCUGGGAUCAUUAUAUGCAUGCUUUUAUUUUCGAUCGCCUUGUGCACUGGAUGGUGUCUCUACCCUUCGUACCGUCUGACGUGCUUCACCCCGAACUUCACUCUCCCGGGCCUUCCCUAUGGCUUCUUGUCACAGUGGUCGCGCCGCGUCGAGAGAAUACGGGAUGCGGAGCAUCAGGAUUGA